UAACUCCGUAUACGCCCUAUUCGCUGUAUAACAUUAUCCACCCAAUAUUCAUAAUUGUUACAAUAGACCGACUGGUCAGCCUUUUAGAAGCUCACAACCACAGCCAAACCCUAAUCAUCGCGACCUGUAUCAUCCGUAUGAUACGAGCAAUCCAUGGACAUCACGGAGAAUAGCUGAAAAUGGUCCCGGUUUCGGCUCUACACUGGAUGUUCCAGACAGCAUUGCAUCAUCCAAUAGCCCUCCAUCUAGGGACAUUCAGAGGGUUCCUAAACCCGUCGAUUCCAACGAUGACAUGAUGAUUUUGGAGCCAAUGCCAAGACAUCGCGAGAGUAGCUGGACCGACUGGAUGCCAGAUUUCUUCGGCGACGACUCACCCCCUGGACCUGGUCCACUCAUAGGACCCAUGGAAUUCCCUGGCAUUGGGAAGAAGGUGUUCAUCAGGCAGAAUGAACCGCUUGACGAAGACAUAAAUCGAGUGGUCAUUCAUAUUAUCAAUAGAGAAGCGCCUCCCACCUAUGGUCCCCCGGUCAGUCAUCAGUCGCAUCCACCUCAACAGUACAAUCAACUGCCCUAUUAUACGGAGGAUCCCAUGAAACAACACGAUAGCAACUAUAUGAGUCCUGGGAAAUCAUCUGUGAUCCAGCAGGAUGAAUAUCCUUCUAAGAUGACCAGUAGUGAUCCAUGGAAGCUUUCUGGAACUGCGCCGGACAAAGAAAUCAAAGACAGAAAAACAGGUUACCUAACUCACGACAGAUUACUCGAAGUUCCAAAUGAUCCUCGAUACUCCGUCAUGCUUUUGAAACAAUCUGGAUCCAAUACACCUAAUGUAGUUUGGAGUCGACCCCCGGAUCAUCGUGGUAACUACUAUGGGCGCAGUCUUGACUCCACCGAAUCGAAGGAUCCUGCCACCUUCCCAUCGACGAAUAACAGCUCUUCCGCGAGCGAUAAGCAAUCCAACCUACCGCAAUCUAAAGCUUCGGGCAAAGUUCUGGAACAACAGCACAAUACGCUCCGCAGAUACGGCUACCAGAACAACAACCGCAGUCCGCAGUAUGAAAUCCCGCGCUUCAAGCAACCGCUUAAUCACCUGGAUGAAAUUACACUCGUGAACAAGGCCGAACUCAAUAGGAGACGCGGUGGUGGUUUCACUCCAUUUUUCGACGGUUCACCGAUCAGAACACCGAGACAUCAUCAGUACUCCGGCACGAAGCAUUUCGCCAGAUCGUUACCACCGCCGAUUCGACAAAAGCUUCCAGCGGCCGCCAGUGGGGGUCUACAGGUCAUACCGGCGCCAAAUCUGCAACGUGGUCCCCUCGACAGCGAUAACUCGACGGAUGCAAAACCGAGCAAAAACUCCACGGGCGAAGAGGUGAUGCACAACAUCAUGUCGAUGACGGCGAGCCAGAGCUGGAAGAACGCCACCUCGCGGAGUCCGAAGAUGAUCGGGGAGAAGAAAGCCAUCGAGACAGAGGAGAAGAAGACGACGACAUCCAAACCUGAAGCCGUCGCGGUGAUCGAGAGGAGGAUCGACGAGGAGCCGACUAUCGAGGAGGAAACCAAAGAGGAGCAAGCGCCGACCGAAAGUGUGCCAAUCGUCAGCAGCACUGGCGAGCCUGUUGUGGCAAAUAAAACCGAUAAGGCCGAGGCCAAGAUGAAGGAGGCCGUGCAGAAAAUGAUGGGCUCGUUCAGCCUGUGGCGGCACAAGGUGGUCAGCACGAAGUUCCUCAAAGAGUUGGAGGAGAAGCAGAAGCACAAGAAGCCGAAAGGCAGUAAACAGAGCGAGACCGAUGCGAAGAGCCGAUAACAGUAUAAGCUUGAAUACAAGCGUUGAGGAGAGCGAGAGUCGACUUGCUCGAUAAGGACCGUCAUGCACGAGUGAAAGCUAGAUUUAAUGUACAAUUUUUAGAGCCUAAUGUAAUUACACGUUUGUUUUUAGAGAAAUCGAAGUUUUUUUGGAAUCGCACUUGCUGCUAGCUGUUAUCAUAUUUGUUACGAGAGAGAUGUUUUCACAGCGAUUAUGCAUACCCAGAUGUAAAGAUGUACAAAGAAAAUUAUAUUUAUGUGUGAAUUGUAAUUACGUAUGCAUGUAUACCAUAUUUGUUGUCGUGAUACUUUGAUUGUGGAAAAUAAGAAAGGACUGGUUCCUAAAUGAAAUAGAUCAAGAUAGCCAUAUUAAAAGAUAUUAUGAAAAU